ACUUUAAAAGAAGGUAGAAUGGUUUAAACAUGCAUUAGGCACGGUCGUAUUUAUUUUCGUCACAUCUUUUCGGUUAUGUGUGUGUAUAUAGUUAUGAUACGUGUCCGGACAUUGUUUCAUUAGAAUAUUUAUUUAUUUCAUAAAUAGUGUCGAUAAUUAUAAGCGAUUUUAUAAUUUUUAUAUUUGUUAAUUGUAACAUAAGAAUUAAUAUCACAAGUAUAUGUAAAAGGUACAUCGAAUAAGAACUGUACGGUAUGGCAACAGAAUUUAAAGAUUUUUCAUCCGCUAGAAAUUUUAAGACCGCUCUAAUGAUGAGAUGUAACUUGGAAAGCCGAGAGAAAAGUUUUUGCAAUGAGAAGAAUCUAGAUGAAUCUUUAUUGAUCUUGAAUGAGGAAUUAGAAUCUUUUAAUAUCUUACCGGUCAAUAUAUACAAUGAUAGAAUUGAUUCCGUUGAAUCAUUGAAGAAAACUUCUAUAAAAUUAAUCAAUGCGUUAUGGAUGUUGCUACACAAACACAGGAUGUUGAUGAAAUCUUACGAUGAGCUGAAUGAUACUUAUGCUAAGAUCUCAAAUGAUAAUAGUAAUUUGAAGAACCAUGUUAAGCGACUGAAAGAAGAAUUGCAGAAGGGACAAAUGAUAUUGGCUCAAACACAGGAAAGGGAAAGAAGACUCAAAGUACAAAACGAUGCUAUUUCGCGUGAUUUGAAACAAGAGAAAACUGAGGUUACUAAAUUGAAGAAGCAAUCUCUGUCGAAGAACAGUCAACAUGAACACGAACUAAGGAGGAUCAUACAGAAUGGAAAUAAACUACGAGAACAAUUAGAGAAAUCUGCCGGUACGUAUGUGCCUAAAGACAAGGUAAUACAAAAGGUACAAACCGAACAUGAGAAAGAAAUAACAUUGUAUAAACAAACGAUAUGUCGUUUGGAAGAAAAUAACAGACUGAUGUUGCAAGAAAUAAAUGAUCUAAAAGAUGCUUUGUCGCUUCAUUCUACUGCUGUCGAGUUGCAAAUGGAAGCGUCAGGAGUUUGGAACGACUCUAAUGCAUAAAUAAACUGCACAUAGAUUACUGACAAUACUUUCUACAAAAGGUGAGAACUGGAUCUAAUACAGUAAUAUAAAAAAAAACAAAUUGAUCAUUUUAUAGCUUGUUAAAUUGCACAGUUUAUCAUGGAGAAUAUUUAAUUUCCCGCCUAAAGUGCAUUUUGCGCAUAAUUUAUAAUUAAUUGUACUUAGUAAAAUAGUUCCUAAUAGCAAUGUUUAGCAGUAUAAUCUUAGCCAUAGUAAUACUGAUAUUUAUUAGAUAUUUAAAAUUUUGUAUAUUUCGAAUAAACCAAGCUAUUUAGAUUUUAAA